UAUAGAGACACCAACAUUUUCUCACUUCUCAUCUCACACAACCUUCUUCUUUGUUCCCAUAACAAUCUUCUGUUAUCUCAACACAACAACCUAUUCUGAUAAUGAUGAUGACGAUGAUGUUUGCGUGACGAGAGAAACAAAAUAGCAUUUUUGUUCUGGUCGGUCCCUUGUUUGAUGAAAAAUAUGCAAGGCUUCAAGACAGCACCACCAAGUUCACAACUCUACUGCCACUCUUCCUUUUUGCUUCGGGGAAACGACGGCAACCGAAACCCCACCACCGGGUUCUGUGAUCUUGGGGACCUUCACCAUUCCUCUGCCGUUUUUCAUCAAGAUGGUGUUGAUUUAGGCUCAAGUUCUAUGUUUAGUGUGAAGUCAAGCAAUGUUGUUGGUGGAAGUAACAUGCAAUAUGGAACAUUGAGCACGAAUGUUGGGUCUUCGGAGAUUGGUUCAGGUGGGGGAGGGUGCAUGGAUACAGGGCUGCAACUGAUGUACCACAAAGGAGUGGCUAUGCAAACUUUGCCUUUGGGGAAUGGUCAUGUUGACAAUUGGGCUGAUUCGGGCAUAGCAGAUAAUAGCCAACAAACUGAUGAUACUUCCACAGAUAUUGAUACUGAUGAUAGAAUCCAAUGCAAUAGAGGUAAGAAUGGCUCACGUAUGGUUAUGCAGUCCAAGGAUCAGACAAAGAUCAAACCUGAAGAUCAGAAGACCCUUCGUAGACUAGCUCAGAAUCGAGAGGCUGCAAAGAAGAGUCGGUUAAGGAAAAAGGCAUAUGUACAGCAAUUGGAGAACAGCCGAGUCAAGCUUGUUCAAUUAGAGCAAGAACUUCAACGAGCACGUCAGCAGGGUAUAUUUAUUGCCACUGAAGGGAAUCAGGGUCAUUUGGCUGUUGGAAAUGGUGCCUUAGCAUUUGACUUGGAAUAUGCUCACUGGGUUGAAGAACACCAACGUUUGCUCAAUGAUCUAAGAUUGGCUGUGAAUUCUCAAAUGAGUGAUGAUGAGUUACACAUCCUUGUUGAAGGUGUGAGGGCACAUUAUAAUGAGUUAUUUAGGUUAAAGAGAAUAGGAGCAAAGGCUGAUAUAUUUCACAUACUUAGUGGAAUGUGGAAAACUCCAGUGGAAACACGUUUUAUGUGGCUUGGUGGAUUCCGUUCAUCUGAACUGCUAAAGAUCAUCAAGAACCACCUUGAGCCUUUGACAGAGCAGCAAUUGUUGGGAAUUUGUAAUUUGCAACAAUCUUCUCUUCAGUCUGAGGAUGCUUUAGAUAAAGGCAUGGAAGCAUUGCAUCAAUAUCUUGUGGAAACACUUUCCUCCACCUCCCUUGGACCCAAUGGUAAUGGAAAUGUUGCUGAUUAUAUGGACCAAAUGGCUCUUGCAAUGGCCAAGCUUGGUGAACUAGAAGGUCUCCUUCAGCAGGCUGAUCUCUUGAAGCAACAUUAUCUUCAACAAUUGCAACGAAUUUUGACGGUACGCCAAACUGCAAGAGCACUCCUUGUCCAAAAUGAUUUCAUUUCAAGACUAAGAGCACUUAGUUCAUUAUGGUUGGCACGCCCUAAAGAAUAAGGACUCACAUUAGUAUCUAUCACCAUAUGUUGCCUUCAAACUAAAUGGCAUUGUCUGUUCUAAAUAUGAACAAAGUCAAGAGUUGCUGCCACUUUCAAAUAUAGUGUUGAUAAUAAAUCCAUUAUACUGUGAAGAAACCUUUGUUAUUGUGAAGAAACCUUGUCACUGGUAGCCAUGUUUAUGUUCUGUUCUAUCACCUUGGAUGUUCUGUAUAUUAGUAGGCAUAUUUAUGUGGUCAUUAUUGUACAAGGGUUACAUCUAAAAGCUGAGACUGGUGUAAAUGCAUAUCAGU